CUUCACUGUGUUUUCACUCACCACAAGUGGAAUAUCGUCUUUGGGGGUUCUCUGCUCGCAGAUUUAGUCAGGGAUAUAGUAACGGAGCGAAGAGUCUGACAGGAUAUAGAAAAGAAAGAGCUUGCGCGUUGUUUAUCUUCUCUUGACCGCUUCAUGUUUGUGGACAGCGCGACAAAACAUACGCAGUUGUCCACUUGUGCACGUUAAAAUUGCGUUCCUGUCGCAAAGUUUGAUUGUCUCGGUGAAUUAAGUUUUAAGAAGCUCGCACGGUUGUUUUAAUUUGUCUUGGAGUUUAUAUAUUGGCUAGCCGACGCUCGGUCAAAACAAGCAGCGGUAUCUGCAUGUAAAUAAAAGGAUUGUAGUGUAUGCUACUGCACUAUGCAAUGGGACUAAGUGAGGCCUCUCGACCGCAAGAAUAUCUUUGCUUCACUUUCAAGCCUGAUGACCAGGUCUGGCAAGGACCGUCAAAAAUGUAAACCGGCAAUUGAUACUCGACCAGAUAAAUUUUGCACUAGUAGCAAUGGAGCGGAGCAAGCGCAACUCCAUUGCUGGGUUCCCAACUCGGCCUGAUCGCCUGGAUGACCUGGAUUCUGGAGGAGGAGCAGAAACCAGUUCACUACCACUGGAUAGAGUGUGUCCCUCUUCUUACCGGGCCCUCAUCAGUGCCUUUUCUUGCCUGACCCGACUUGAUGACUUCAUCUGCGAGUGGAUUGGCUCUGGGUUUUUUUCAGAGGUUUACAAGGUGCGCCACAGAGCUUCGGACCAGGUGAUGGCACUAAAGAUGAACAAGCUGAGCAGUAAUCGUGCCAACAUGCUGCGAGAAGUACAACUCAUGAACAGACUGUCUCACCCAAACAUUCUCAGAUUCAUGGGGGUGUGUGUACAGGAAGGUCAGCUCCAUGCGCUCACAGAGUAUAUUAAUGGUGGAAACUUGGAGCAGCUGCUGGACAGCAAUAAGUUCCUGAGCUGGGCCACAAGAGUCAAGCUGGCCUUAGAGAUUGCAAUGGGCCUCAGUUACCUACACUCCAAGGGUAUAUUUCACCGAGAUCUCACCUCCAAGAACUGCCUGAUCAAGUCUGAUGAGAACGGCUACACUGCGAUCGUCGGAGACUUCGGCCUUGCUGAGAAAAUCCCCAGUCACGAUUAUGAGGGGGAGAAGCUAUCUGUGGUGGGAUCCCCGUUCUGGAUGGCUCCAGAAGUGUUGAGAGACGAACCGUACAACGAAAAGGCUGAUGUCUUUUCGUAUGGCAUUAUUCUGUGCGAAAUCAUUGCAAGGAUACAGGCUGACCCAGACUACCUGCCACGCACUGAAAACUUUGGUCUGGAUUAUCACGCCUUUCAGCACAUGGUUGGAGAUUGUCCUGCUGACUUCCUUCAGCUCGCCUUCAACUGCUGCAAUAUGGAUCCAAAGCUCAGGCCCUCCUUCCCAGAUAUAGUAAAGAGGCUGGAAGAGAUCCAGAAAAAGCUGAAAGCGGAAGAAUCUGACAGGGAGAGGAUGCUACUAACCGCCGGAGAGGUGGAGAAGAAACCCAUCCCUAAAGGUCCUGGAGAGAAGGGCAUAAAGAGGUUAAAUCCGCUUGGUUUUCAGGAUGACAAGAUUCCCCCCAAAUCCCCCCGUCCACGUCGCAACAUCUGGCUUUCCCGCAGCCAGUCUGACAUUUUCGCUCGCAAACCAGCGCGCAAAGUGAACGUCCAGGACCCUUUCUACAACCCCGAACCUAGAGGCUUUAUUCACGGCCUACCGAAAGUCAAUCCUUUCAGCGCCAGAGAGGACUUAAAAGGUGGCAAGAUCAAGUUCUACGACAUGCCCAGCAAAUCCGUUUUCUCGCUCAUGUUUGAUUUGCACUCACCACACGGCAGUCAAAGCUCACAACAGCCGCAACCCAAUAUCAGCGGAGCCAACAACUGGCCAGAGCCCUGGCAGCUGCCCGGCCGACAGUGCCGCUCGCUCCCCGUCUCUCCUCAACUGCCCCAUUCAGAAUUCUUAUUCUCAUCUCAUCCCGCAUCCAAAAGCGAAGCAGCACAACCCAACGGUGAAAGCAGACAAAGAACUCUAAACAGCUGGGCUAAGAAGUUCACCGUAACCGAAAUCCCUCCAUACAAGCCGAGAGCAGACAGAGAAGAGGAAUUGGAAGCGACUGAGGACUGGUCCUCUCUGAUUCCUUCAGAUGGAGGAGAAACUGAAGCCAUGGACUGCUCCAGCAGCAGAGGAAGCCCUGCAGACGAUAAAGACUCCACCCUCAACCAGAUGCACAACGGUUUCUGUGAGGACAUGGAGGCUGAAGACCAAGAUGGCGUGUUGGUCACCAACAAGAACUCGCUCACACUGAGCAUGUCUGUGGAGCCGCAGGAACUCUGUCCUAUAGUCCUGACGGCCUGCAAAGCCUCGUCUUCAGGGGAACGCAUCUCCAGAUGUGACAUCUAGAUGACUGAAGAAAGAGCGCAUUGAGGACUUGACUGAUCAGAUGCCACGCGAACAGAGAUUAUAUUCCUUAAAUAUUUAUGAGUUGUAAAUACUGUUCCUUGUAACUUAAGCUAAAA